AUGGAUAAAAUUGAUUUAUUUGGUAGUCAGAUAUUAUUAAGAUUUAAUGGCUAGCCAACUCAUAACACGAAGUUUGGCUCUAUUAUCACUUUAUCUAUAUUAACAAUACUAGGUUUACGUCUUUUCUUUAUAAUCAAAGAUGUGUUCCUGCGUACUAGCCCUUAAGUCAUUUUCUAAGAAAGACAAGUAGAUAAUCCAAGUGUUUUCGAAAUUACAAAUGAGAGUUUCUAAUUUGCAUUUGGCAUGUAAGAUGCUAAUUUUGAUCAUUAUAUAGAUGAGUCUAUAUAUAAUAUUCAAGUCACUCAGAGAACAAAAAAAAGUGUUCUCAAUUAAGCUACUAAUUAGUAUGAAGAUUAAUGGAUUGAUAGAGAUAUUAAAUUAGUAAGAUGCAGUCUUGAUAGUUUUCCUGAUCCAGCAACUAAAGAUAAAUUUGUACAGCUAAAGUACUAUAAUAUGUACUGUUUUCCAACUAAUGAAACUCUUUACAUUUAAGGAGAUUUCGGGUCUCCUGAAUAUUAAUUUUUAAGGUUAACCAUCACUCAGUGUCAAAAUUCAACAAAUUAAGUUUGUAAGGGACCUGAUGUCCUUAAGUCAUAUUUAAGAUCUGCUAAUUUCGCUUUGUAUUUUUCUGAUAUGUUUGUAGACCCCACUAAAAAAAAUGACCCUUUUUAAAAAUUUUACAGAGAUAUGUUCUAUACAACAAGUACUGUAGUACCCAAAGAUGUUAACUUUUAUUUAAGAAACAGCUAUAUCCAGAGCGAUUUUGGAUGGGUAUAGGAAGAUUUGGUGACCUUGCAUCAUCCUUAAUUCAGCUACACAGAUGUUAAUAUUGAGCCUUCAGAUUUUUAAGAUUAUUUCCUUUAAAUGAUCGUUAGAUUCGAAAAACAAAAAGAAAAUUUAUAUCUAAGAUAUUAUAAGAAUCUCAAUAACAUUAUUUCAGAAAUUGGUGGUUUUACUCAGAGUUUACUAGCCAUAGGAUUUUUGAUUUGCUCAAGGUUUUCUUAAUUAGAUUUAAAUAAAAACAUCAUUAACGAGGCAUUUAAUUUCAAGAAUAUCCCCUUAAGUUCUUUCUAUAAUUAAAGUGGUAAAAGAUCUCCAUAGAGCUCGUCUGAUGAUAACGAAUGUAAGAAAGAAGAUGAGAAGAUCCAAAAAAAUGUAGAUCGAAACUAAAAUAAUUCUAAUUUAAUUAACAUAUUCCCUAUUUCAAGUCCUUCUAAUUCAUAUAUGAAUUAAAAUUAUUAAUCAUCAGCUAUCGAUUUGUUUCCUAGUACAGCGAGGGGUAACUUAAAUCAUACGUAAAAUCUACAGAACGAAAUUUACUAGUAACAAUAACUUUAACAACCUCAAAUUUUUUCUCCCAGCAAAAUUCAAAGCUAGAUAAAUAAUUCUCAAUCCUCACCUUUAUCUAAAAAGUAAUACAAAGUCAAAAAUGCUCUAAAUGAAACAGGUUUAUCUAUGAAUGUAAACUAAUCUUCUUCUGCUAUGUUUGUAAAUGAACAAUAAUUUUUAACAAAUUUGAUCUAACAAAACUAAUACAAGGAAUAACAAAAACAGAAUUAGCAGGAUUAGUUAGCAUUCAUUUCUACAGAUCAUGAAAAAGUAAAGAAACAAUAGCAAAGACUUGAAGAGAAAGAGCAAAAAAUAAAAGAGUCCAUUUUCAAAAAAUUAAUGCAAAAAACAACUAGCCAUAUGAGCUUAGGUGUGUUUGAAUAUUUGAAAUUACUUAUUUGGCCAUUCGGGAAAUUAAAAGAAAAAAAGAAAGUUUUGGAUUUUAGUAUUGAUACACUUUACUAUCAUCUAGAUGUAAUGUAUGUUGUCAAAAAGCUUUUAGAAGUAGAUAAGUUAAAAUAGAUAUUAUUAGAUAAAGAUUAACUUAAGCUUUUUGAAUACAUCCCUAAGCCAACCAUAACUUCAAAUUAUGGCUUUACAGAGAAAGAAGAUGACCUGCAGAUAGAUAUUGAUACCUAAUACUAAGAUAAAAGAACUGAACUGCAAAAAGCACAAUAGGCUUUCAACGCUUAUCAAAAUAUAUCCAAUAAAGAACAUUAAAAUUUAUUAGAUAAUAGGAUAAUAGAACUGCUUGAUCCUAAGUUAUUAGAAUUAUUUGGAUCACCUUCAAAGAGAAGUAGCUUGAAUUUAAAUUAAUAAAACCUUAAUGGUACUACUAACAAUCAAUAAAUAAUUCUGUUAUAACAAUAACAUUCUUAAAGUUAAAUUUAAUUUGAAUAGUUAGAAUCAGCUAGGAAAUCUGAUAAUUUAUCACCUAAACUUCAAAAUGGGGUAUCUCACUAAAAUGCUAACAGCUUUUUAAAUUAAUAAUAAAAAAAUAUUCACUUUUUUAAAUCACAAAAUAAUCACGCUUAACAAAAAAAUAAUUCCAUCCAACAAUCACUAACUUCUUCUCAAUAAAAUUAAUAAUCCUCCCCAAAUUAAUAAAUUACUUCAUCAAAAGUAAAGUUAUAAAUUUAAUAAGAUAACACACACAAAAGGAAAAAGUCAAUUUCAAUAUAAGAAAUAUAAAACCAAUCGAUAAUCUAAGAAAAUAAUAUCAAUAAUAUUAGUAAAAUUAUAUAAUAAAGCUUUCCGAUCAGUAUGAUAGAAAAUAAUAACAACAACACCAACAAUCCAGAUUUGAAAGUUGAAUCUCAUAUUAGCAUAUCUGAAGAUAAUGCAGCUGCCAGUUAAAGGGAAGAAAUUGUAACUGAAGGCUAAGAAAAUGCUAGCGAAGGUGAAGAAAUUCAAAAGGAAUAAGCUAAUGACUUCAUUAUAAGUAAGACAACUAAAGAAAAUUAAGAAAAAUAAAGUUAAUAAAAAGACUUUUAAGAAUAGUGA